AAAAAUCAUGAAAAUGUAAAGUAAAGCUUUACUUGGUGGGGACCUCAUUUGUCUCCUUAAGAGGGAGCCUUACUUCCCCUCUGAGCUAAGGCAGAAGAUUUCUGAAAGAGAAAUUACCCUCAACAAUAUUGUCCAUUUACCCUUUUGUAUGUUAAUGAAGGCAGCAUUGGCAGUUUCCAGAGUGGAAACAAAUUUGUCUACUUAAGUUCAUCACUGCCAUAAAAACAUCUACACUUGCCACUCACCACAAUUUUCCUUAUUUGUUAGACUGUUAGGGGUGGUUAGAGCAAACAACUCAGGGAUUUCCCUGCUUUUUUGUUCAGUGCUUUUCCCACUAUGAGGAUGAGUCAGAGUUUGCAUUUAGCUGCAUAUAAAAUGCAAGAAGACUUGCAAAGAUAAAGGAGGAGAAAAAGAAGAGAAAUGAUUGAGAAUAUCUGCAAUUAUCCAAAACCUAUAGGGAGAAGGGUUUAUUAAGAUAUAAGGGAUGGUGAGAUGAUAUGCAUCACCUUAGUAAUUUUAGUCCCUUGGAGUCUACAAGACCAACGGAGAACUAGCAACAUAGCUCAGUAUCUUUUGGAAGUAUAUCUUGAAAUCAAGUGGCAGUCCUUACUAUACACCCUCACUAUAUGAAAGGCAUUACACCUCUCAAGAAAGAGAUCGAUUCAAUCUUUAUUCAACUUCUCUAGCGUGUUCCAACAGGACAGGUUUUCAAGACUCCAAAGACAUGCUGUAUUCACCAUUUCCAAAUUUCACCAACUCUGGCACCAAUCACUGCUCCAAAAUUUAUAACCAGGAUAGUAAAGUGAUUUUACUCAGUUUUAUACCAGCUAUAGUAACUUUUCAGUAGGAAAAAAACUAGAGAAGUCCUUAUGGGUUGAUGCUGUAUUCCCCCAGGAAUUUAGUUUCAAAGGUGUCAGAGCUGAAAUCCAGAAACCUUUCUUCUUACAAUUUAUUCAACUAUUUUUCUGUUGGUGGCCAUUCCAAUUUUUUUCUUCUCUUUGCUUCUAAAAAUGGUGCUGUACUGGAUAAUAUGCAUUCUUAUGAAUUAGUGAUGUUUUCUAUAGGAUAGUCACAAACUGGGGCCACAGAGUCAAACAAAAGGCAUUGGAAAUGAUGCAUAUUUUUCAAUUGUAAUAGCCAUGGCCGUGUAACUUGAUAACAGAUUUUAACAAUUCACCUUCCCAGCAAUCAUACAUACAUAAGUACCAGUUUCCAGCAUUCUUGCCAAUACUUGCUUUGUUUCAUUUUUUGCCAAUUUGAUAAAUGGAAAAAAGUGGCAUAUUAUUUUUUUAUUCCCAUUUUUCAAUUAGCGAGGUUGAAUAUCAUGUUUACAUAUAUGAGCUGCCUAUUCACCGUCAUUGGUCAAUUUUAUUGGAAUUAUACUUUUUUUAUUUCUAGGAGCAGGCUGAAUAGGAGUAUUGAUGUAUCUAUGCUGCAAAAUCUCUUUCUAGGCUCUCAUUCGACUUCAGGUGUUUUUUGCUAUCCGUAUUUAAAAAGUUUACAUUCAUACACAAAUAUAUUUUUCUUUAGGAUUUGUGGUUUGAAAUCUUGAUUAAGAAGUUCCUUCUAUGCCUGGACUAUAAAAUAUUCUCCUAAAUUUUAUUUAAUCCUCUCUAUUUUAUUCUUCCGUUGAGGUCAUUUAUCUACCGGAAUUUAUUUUUGCAUAUAGCAUGAGGCAGGGGUCAGGAGAAUUCAAUAAUUCACUAGUCAGGCAUGUAAAGAAAUAGAACAAAAACAGGAAUUGAAAAGGGAUGAGGGAACGGCGAACGUCCGAUUCCACGCCGGGUAUUUAUAUAAGAUUAAGGUCGGGUCUUAGAAGCAUUUGCGGUACAGGUUAAAGCUGUCGCGAGCUGAGAGGGAUUUGCGACGCAGCAAGCCUAGCAUUUUAUGUUUCCGCCUCCUGGUGUCCCCGGGUUGAGAUUCCCUGGCUAGCAACGUAGGAUACGGUUCCUCCCUGAGCUUCCAGGCCUGGAAUAUCUAUCCGCCCGCUGAAAAGGCAGCCUCCGGACAACACUCAAAGUUAACAUUCCAAACUGUCACAGGCAAAAACCGCCUAAGAAGAGAACCAGCGGCCAAACAGCGAGAACGCCAAGAGCGAAGACGCUCUGCGCAUGUGCGCUGCCGGCGGGGUGAAAGUCCGGCCGGGAGCUGUUUAGCUAGUUCCGCCUUCCAGCCGGCAGCGCAUGCGCAGCCUUGGCUCCUACGUGUCGUACGCGUCUGUGUAGGACAGUGCGGGGUGCGGGGACAGCUGGGAAGAUGGCGGUUAUGGGCAUGGCCGCUGUGGCGGCUUGGGUGCCUUGUCGGAGCUGGGGCUGGGCAGCCGUCUCCUUCGGUCCCCACCGUGGCCUCAGCGCGUUCCUUGCACGGAUGCCCCAGCGGGCGCCACGGUGGCUCCCAGCUUGCAGACAAAAGGCAUCAUUCUCUUUGCUUAAUCGACCAGACCUUCCAAACCUGGCUUAUAAGAGGCUAAAAGGCAAAAGUCCAGGAAUUAUCUUCAUCCCUGGCUAUCUUUCUAAUAUGAAUGGUACAAAAGCUUUGGCGAUUGAGGAGUUUUGCAAAUCUCUAGGUCACGCCUAUAUAAGAUUUGAUUACUCAGGUAUUGGAAAUUCAGAUGGUAACUUAGAAGAAAGCACAGUGGGGAAAUGGAGAAAAGAUGUUCUUUCUAUAAUUGAUGACUUAGCUGAGGGACCACAGAUACUAGUUGGAAGUAGCCUUGGUGGAUGGCUUAUGCUUCACGCCGCAGUUGCACGGCCAGAAAAAGUCAUGGCUCUUAUUGGUGUAGCUACAGCUGCAGAUGGUUUAGUGACACAGUUUAAUCACCUUUCUGUUGAGCAAAAAAAGGAAGUAGAGAUGAAAGGUGUGUGGUCCAUGCCAUCAAAAUACCAUGAAGAAGGAGUUUAUAACGUUCAGUACAGUUUCAUUAAAGAAGCUGAACACCACUGCUUAUUACAUAGCCCGAUUCCUGUGGACUGCCCUAUAAGAUUGCUCCAUGGCAUGAAGGAUGACGUUGUACCCUGGCAUACGUCCAUGCAGGUUGCCGACCGAGUGUUGAGCACAGAUGUAGAUGUCAUUCUCCGAAAACAUAGUGAUCACCGAAUGAAGGAAAAAGCAGACAUUCAACUUCUUGUUUACACUAUUGAUGACUUAAUUGACAAGCUUUCAAUUGGUUAACUAGUAUCACAUUUUUAGUUGGUACAUAAACUAAUGUAUCCAGAAGAUUAAAAGAGGGAUAACAGAUGAAAGAUCCUUAUACAUGGGUUUUUCUCUCUUACCUCUAUUUUGUAAAUAUCAGAUGAGUAUUUAUUUAAUGAUGUAUUUGCACAAGUAUUGUAAAUUGUGUAGAAAGUACCAGCUGCUGUUUAGGAAAUUUUCUCCUUCAAUCCUUGAUUUUUUUUUCAUUAAAAUAUUUAUUUUUUUAUUCAA